AGCCGACCAGUCUCCCAGAAGUGCCUCACAUCAGAUCAUAUGGUGUUUCCCAUCCUGGAGCCUGUGAGUGUAUCGUCCCAAAGAGACACCGCCCGAGCUCGACCGCUCCGAAAGAAGUCGUCCGCCACUCGGGGUGCACCGGCGCUCUCGUCCGAGGACGAGCCCCACGCGUGAUGCGGUCUCGCGUGGGACCGGUGAGAUGUGUUCAGAAGGGUGUGGCCGGUUGCAGGGCCGGCCCAAAACACCUGAGCUAGUUGGGUGGGAAGCACCUUCUUGCAUCACACCUUCUUGCUAGUUGGGAGGACAUCUUUGCACCAGGAAGGGUAUGGGCUGCUCAAAGCCAUUUGAUUCCUGCUAGCUAGCUGUGGCAGACCUUGAGGGAUGCAUGAGAUGGGGGCGGAUGCGAUGGGCCCUAUGGCCCCGUGUGAAGCAAGCCGCGAGGCACACACCACGCCUGAUGCCUCAGCCUGAGGCUGCCUUGCUGUGUCCUUUGUUGGAGCAACUUAGCCCCAAGGUCUACGUGGCGUUCUGGCGGCAGCUCUCCUAUAGCUCCGCCGAGAUCUACCAGGAGCUUUUUGAGCUGAAGUCCAAGGGAAAGAUGCCGAAGCAUUUGUCCGGAAAGGUCUCCUCCCUGGACGAGGAGGAGGAAGACGUGGAUGUGAAGCAGGCGGCGAGGUGCAACAUUCACGUGCAGAGCUCCAUCAAAUACUACGGUAUUUUCCUCGAUAGCUACCAGACAGAUGGUAAAGCGCCAGAGAGGGUGGAGCAGGACCACGCGAGCACAUACAUCCAGGCCAAGCUGAAUCGUGCACGGCUCCGGACAAAGAUGGUAGGCAUCCCCAUGGAUGAUCAAAUCACAGCGCACAAGCUCGCUUUGCAAGAGUACGAAGAGAUUCUGGACUAUGGGAAGCGCAAUCCUGAGGUGGUGGAGGCGGAUGUGAACAUGAGCACCGAGCUGAGGCUUUGCGCCGAAAUGGUGGCCUUGCUGCCCAGUAAGCUCGCGCGCCUGGCCAAGCGCCGUGCCUGACGACCUGACGGCGAAAAAAAAGCGACCGGGCACCCGACGACUGGCGGGUCAGGGUGGCGGAGACGCGAGCGAC